GAUGGCGUUACAGGUGAUCUGGUGUUAAAAUCAGGUGGGAGCUCCACAGGAAGCCCUGGAGGUGUUGGUGUUUUUGGUGGGUCGUCUGGGCGAUUAUCAGGAUCGCCUGUGGUUGUUUCAGCUGGCAAUGGGUCUACGGGUGGAGCAGUGUAUGUGUCAUCAGGCUCAGGAACAGCCACGUCAGGGUCUGUGGCGAUUCAAUCGGGGAAAUCUACCGCAACAACUGGAACCGUGACAAUUUCGAGUGGUUUGGCCGGCACAGGAACUUCGGGCGACGUGAAUGUUUUAUCUGGAAGUUCCUCUAGUGGUCAAAGCGGAAGUAUAAUGAUUAGCGUCGGUAUUUCAAAAACUCGUGCGGGUGGCUCGGUUAGUGUUCUGAGUGGAAACGGCACGAGUAAUGGUGGAUCAGUUGUUAUUCGUUCAGGAUACGCUGAUCGAGGUACAACAGGCGAUGUCAAUAUCUCGACGUUUUCUACUGGCAAAGUGAGUGCCUCUGCUGGCAACGUUGUAGUUGCCGUUGGUACCAGCAAUGCCGCUUAUGGUGGAAACGCUACUCUACAGGCAGGUCCAAAUCGACUCCGAGGUGGUGACGCUAGUGUUGUGGCUGGAGAUAGCUCCCAGGCCAUUGGCGGGACAGCCAGCAUUGCAUCAGGUGUUGGUCCCCAGAGUAGCGGUGACCUUACGUUGAACUCUCCCGAUUCCAGCGACACAGGUGGUUCAGGCUCUAUUGCUGUAUAUACAGGCGCAGCAGCUACCGGAGUAAGUGGAUCAAUAAGUCUGGUCACGGGUACUUCCGCUGGGCAAGCUGGGGGAUCGAUUUCUAUGGUUGUCGGAGCUGGGACACGUGGAGCUGGAGGAAUGAUCAAUGCUACCAGCGGAAACAGUUACAGUGGAACUGGAGGGUCGAUUUUCUUGCGCGCCGGGGCGGGAACGUUGACGUCUAGUGGCUCGGUCCAAAUCGAGACUCCAGCUGCUGGAAUCAUGGGGCAGUCUGGAGCAGUGAAUAUCACUACAGGAUAUUCAAGUACUGCUGACUCUGGUAAACUUUCCGUAACUACUGGCAGUUCUCAGAUGAAGAGAGGUGGAAACAUCGAGCUGUCGGUUGGAAGUGCUGGCCCUGUGCGUGGGGGAGACUUGCUUGUAUCAGCAGGAAAUAGCUCUGACGUUGGUGGUUCCUUUGCUGCAACUGGCGGCCUUGGUUCUCAGACUGGUGGUCAAGUUUCGCUCAAAUCUGGUGGAAGCACAAUUUCCAGUUCUGGGAAUGUUGUCGUAGCUACCGAGGUUUCAGGAGCUGCCGGUCGUUCUGGUGGAGUAUUUGUUGCGACUGGAAAAAGUCUUGGUGGCAACAGCGGCGAUGCAAAUAUCCAGACUGGCGAUGCAACCCAAGGAAGCGGAGGAUCCAUCCAGCUACUCGCUGGUACUGGAGAUACAGGAGAUGGCGCCAGUAUUAUACUAAAAGCUGGUGCGACUCUAGAUCAACACGCUGCAGGAGGGCCAAUACUUAUGAUGACAGGAUCUACCAACUACGGUUCCAGCGGGGGCGCUGCCAUUGCAACACCGGACGCAGGGGCCAUUGGCAAAUCUGGAUUCAUCACUCUAACGACAGGAGCCGCGACAGCAGGAACAGUCGGAAAUAUAGCAAUCAGCACUGGCGGCAGCACCUGUGGAAACGGCGGGUCCAUACUCCUCAGUGUGGGCACGGGCAGCAGUGGUACUGGCGGAGCCAUCUCGCUGCGGUCGGGCGACACGCACCUCGGAACGGGUGCGCAAAAUACCCCAACAGGCACGGCCGUGGGCGGCUCGAUUUCGUUGAGCGGCGGCAGCGGCGUGGCGAGUGGCGGGUCGAUCUCGCUGCAGAGCGGCGCGGGCCUGACGACGUCCAGCGGCGACAUCUCGCUGACGACUCCGAGCUCGGCGAGCAGCAGCGGCGUGAGCGGAAGUCUGCGUCUAUCGAGCGGUACUAGUCGCGAGGGCGACAGCGGAUCGGUGAGCGUGAGCACGGGCGUGUCGACGGGCGGCCACGGCGGGUCGAUCUCGCUGUCGGUGGGCGCUGGA